AUGGCGAAUGGCGCAGUCGCAUCUCCCGUGCUGGGAGAACACAAAGCGUCGCCGGUACCUGGGGGAGAGGAGCUGCAGAUGGGAACGGUGCUUCUUGUGUGCCUAAUUCAUGACAAUGAUCAGUUGCGUGAGCGAUGGACGGAGCUUGGUGAGCGCGCACUGUGCCCUUUGUUCUGUGCGUUGGGCGCGUUGCAACAUGCAUCCAGCUUACUCGUGGGCGGCGUACUGUACAGAUGCGAGCCAAAAUCCGAGCUUGUUUCUUUACUACGACCCGAGGAGAGCAUCGAGCGCAUCCCGUUUCUCCCAGCAGCGCGGUUUACUGCUCACGCCCACAAGGUGCUUUCUGCGCGCGGCGGCGCCGGUGUUGCGCAGCUGGAUGCGCUUGAUUUGCGUCGUGGAGAGAUGCAGACAGAGCGGGAUAUUGCGGAUGGGCUUGCCGCGGCUUUGGAAAUGCUCGAUGCGCGUGAAACACAAGCGCGGAUUGCGCCGUUUGCGCGCGCGGCGCUUGCCGCCAACUUUCCUCCCGUUUUAUCACGCUAUCUGCUGCAUAUUGACGCGUGUGAUGGCAGCGCUGUUCCCCGCGCACCUGCCCUUGAACCUGCAUUGAAUAUGGCAUCUACCUUUGACGGUAUGGAUACGGUCGCGCUUGUCGCACAGCUAAACAGACGGCCCAUUACGAUCGGAACGGUCGUGAGUGUACGCAAUGCUAGCGCAAGAGCGCGCAUUUCUGUUGCGCGUGCGAUGCAAGACAUGAUAUGCACACGACUGUGCGAGGGUCAUGUAAACUUGAACGAACUGCUCGGCGCCGAUUGGCGGCCGCCCGAGGACGUGGAAGUGGUGCUGAGCAGCGCACACAUUAACAAAGCACUGCGCAAGGAUGCGAACGGUGCAGAGGAAGCAGGACCCAAGAAGCGACAGCGCAGCGAUAUGCCCGUGACUGCUGCGACGGUCAGCACGACGCCCAAACAGGACCAGGUGCUUCUCGGGAAAAUUUUGCUGCUCCAGCAGCGGCUCACAUUGAUGCUCAAGAAUCUGGGUCAGUUGGCUGCAUCCCAUAAUGGCACGGCUUUGCAGAGUCAGACACUGGAGAAGAUCAAGCAACAAUUGCUUGUCCAGCAGCAGGCGAUCAACGCACAAACCUAUCGAUUACGCACCAGCAAGCAGCCCAACUUUAAUCCGAUUCUCCAGGCCUUGAUUACGAUUGACAAGGAAGCGCGCGAGGCUGGCAUCCAGCUACACGGUCCAGGCAGUGCGCCUUCCAACGCGCGCCAGGAGCUGAAGAGCAGCGCUACCCAAGGAUCCAACGCGCAGCAGAUAUUUUGGCAAGGUGUGGUACGCUGGAGCGCUUCCGGGCAGGUCAAUGGAGAGAGCAUGUUUACCUUUGUGGUUGCAUCGAUAGCCAAUGCUGGCAAUGCUCGUACGCAGCUUGGCUUGCCGUGGCCCAGCAUCAUGGAAGUACAGCAUUUUUUAUCCGCGGGUGCAGCAGACUUGCAAAGGAUGAUUUCGACACACCGGAUGCCUGUCGUACUCCUUACACUACGAAGCCUUGUGUCGAAUGCACCGGUGCGCGGCGCAGAAAACAAUGAGCGCAACUAUCGCUGGCUUGCAGAGAUGCUGCAACUUAACCGAAGGGUGGCCUACAUACCGCUCGGUGGUUCUGGAUGUGGUAUUUUGCUAACACCACUCGCAAACCUACGGCCGCAAUCCGCCGGCGCAAACGAAACGCCGCGUUUGCUUGCGCUGGUAUCGCGCACACCAAUACCGUUUGCGGAAAUGACCAUGUCCAACGCGGCUACCACUACAGCGACGAAUACUCGGGGUAUGGUAUCGACAGCUCCAGCGAUGCAAACUGUCCCAAAGGAUAUGAUGCCGCAGGAAGCGACGGCCAUGUCCAAUUUUGCCCCACACAUGCCAGUGCAAUCGAUGACAUCUUCGAUGCUGAAUGCGUCGCAAAUGCUCUCUAUCUCACAACCCAGUAUAAAUACCCCCGAGCUGAUGCAGAAUAUGGCCCAGCCAUUUUCUUUUCCCCCUGCUGGCGUCUCCAACACGUUUGUGCAGCCACAAACAUCCCUUUCGGACACACUCUCGCAGCUGCUGGCGCAGACGAAUGUGCCAAACAUGACGAACACGGUGCCGCAAAUGCAAGCAAGCAACCCCAUGGCUGGCAGCGUUUCGCUUGCUGUGCCAUUGCAGCAGACCAACACGACAAAUACCCUCACCGCGGAGCAGCUCCGUGCGCUGGGCUUUCCUUAA